UAAUUUUUUUAUGCGAGUUGACAUGUAAAUACUUACUAAUUAUGCCUUAGCGUUGAUAAAUUGAGUUUUUGUGCAAUUGAUAUAUAGUUAGGCGCAGCAUUAUUAGUUAAAAAAAUUGAUUGCAUUAAUUUCUUGGGCUUCUUUUUCAGGUAAUUCAAUUUGGUUCUUGUUUAAUUAAGAAGAAGUUUAAUUUUAGAUUGAGGGGUUAUGAUUGUUGGGUUUCUGUGAAUUUUUAUACUCAUGGCUUCCGCUGAUUGCAGUCUGACUAGUACUUGAACUAGGACCUAGUGUAACUGAUAUUUCAAAUUUUUUUAUUCCUAGCUUGGAGCAUUCAGAUCUGAGAGCACCUGCAAAACCAAUCAUCAAGAAAGCUAAAUUGGGGGGUUUUGCUAUCUAUUGUAUGCAAUUUGUUAAAUUUAUUCCUACAGAUCCCUUACACUCAUUGUAACAUGGGAAUUGGGAAGUGUGAUAUAUUGAAGAGAUUGUAGGCCCCUGGUUUACAUUCACACACAUGCACGUAGUCUGAUAAGUUUUUGCAUGUCCCUUCACCACAAUAGACCCAAUUGCUAGCUAGAACAUCCAAAUCUCACUUGAGAAAGUUUUUAACCAAGUAUAUAAAUCAUUGGAUAAAUAGGAUGUUGCUGGUAUUCUGGUAUUUAGGCAAACUUACGAUUAAAGACAGAUAAGUCAUAUGGGUUUUGUGGGGAUAGCUGGAAGGGAAGGAGCAGCUGACAUGCAGGAGUAGUUUAUAGAACCUGUUUAAGAUGGUCACUUUACUUUGAGAAAGAUUAACAAAUUGCAAUUCAGGCAGUUCUAUUGCAGCAAACACCAAACCUAGAAUUUUAGAACUUCUGUUUAUUCUUUGUUUCUCAUUUGCUACUCAGAUGUCUUGCACUUUAGAAUUUAGAUACCAUGUUAAUGUAUCUAGCUGUGCAGUUGGUGGCUUCUUUGGAGGUUGGUUCAUAUUUUAGCUUGAAAAAGAUUAAUUGUCAUUGUUAUUAAUGAUGAAUAGCUCAGGGUUGUCACCUAUUUGUCUGUGUUGUGUUGUUAAAUUAUGCUCUAUACUUCAAUGUGGCAGUUGCUGUUGUAACUUUAUUUAUUGUAUUAGAAAUUUAGAACUUCAGUUUUAUAUGCAGAUGAUUAAUCUCAAUUAUUGCGAAGCAUAAUGCUGGCUUCCAUCUCUAGAAUUGAAAUGCUUGUAUUUUGUAUGAGAUUAAGCUUUUUUUUUCCUCUUAAAAAUUGAGUGGAGAUUAUGCCAAAAGAUGGAAAUCAUACUUGGGACAGUUAGACAAUGUUAAGCGCCUCUAUUUUUGUCGGAAAGAAAAAAGAGCCUCUAUUUUGGAUGUUUUUUUUUAAUUUUUUUUUUUAACCUCUUUGUGAUGUUAAAAGAUAAUUUGAAGGGGAUACGGUUGUGGUGUGCCUGGUAAAGGACUAAUUGGGAUAUUUAUGCUGAAUUAGUAAGACUUGUGGCCCAUGUCUAUAUAUAAGCCAACUAUGCUGGUGUUUAAUGUCCACUUAAAUUAUCUAAAUUCUCCAUAUUGUACUUUCUAAAAUGAUUCUCGUACAUGUUUUUUGAAAUUUGAAUCAUGCAUCGCGUGCAUAUAGAUCUAUUGUAUGAUAUCUUUGCACCUUAUGUUAAAAUUCAAGAAAACUUAUUAUUUCACUAAAACUUGUAGAUAUUUGCUGAUUUUGGUUAGUGUAAUAACAAGCGGACUAACCAAGAACAGAGAGAAUGGGUGACAGUGACGAAGACGAUACCUUCUACUACCGCUACACCACCCCCACAUCUGGUCACUCCGCCACCUCCUCCUCCACCACCACCACCACCAAGCGUAGUAGCGGAAGUGGGGGCUUGGCUCCCUCAAAGUCAACUGUCUAUGUUAGCAAUAUCGACUUCAACCUCACGAACUCCGACCUCUUCACCAUCUUCUCCACCUUCGGAAAGGUCGCCCGUGUCACCAUUCUUAAGGACCACGCCACUCGCCGUAGCCGCGGCGUUGCCUUCGUCCUCUUCGUCGCCCGUGACGACGCUGUUUCCGCUGCCCGCCAGAUGAACGGAAAAAUCCUCAAUGGCCGAACCCUAAGUGCUUCAAUUGCGUCUGACAACGGCCGUGCAGCUGAAUUCAUUCGUCGUCGCGUUUAUAAGGACAAGUCCAGGUGUUAUGAGUGCGGGGAGGAGGGUCAUCUGAGCUAUGAAUGUCCCAAAAAUCAGUUGGGUCCCAGGGAGCGGCCUGUUCCUAAGAAGGGUAGGAGAGAGAAAGAGCAGAGGAGGAAGGAGGAUGAGGAAGAGGAGGCGAGAGAAGGAGAUGAAGAAGAGGUUGCAUUUGAGGAGGAUAACUGGGCUUCUGUGGUUGAUAAUGCUGCUGAUCAAAGGUUGUUGAUGGGACAUGAAGAACAACAAAAAUUGGGGAAAGAGAAGAAGGUGAAGAAAGCUAGCUAUUUCAGUGACGAGAGUGGGGAGGAGGAUUGAUCAUAUUUUUAUCAAGAGUAAUUGUUGAAUUGAUCAACUGCCUUCGUCCAAAUUUAAUUUCACUUACUACACUAGUAGAAGUUGUCAAAUGCCUCGUCUCAAAUGCUCCACUGUUUAAUAAAUCAGGCCCAGCAGAGAACUCACCGGUUUUUUCGUAGAUUGAUUUGGCAUCGGAGAGGUCACUCAAUAAGCCUUCUGCUGUUGCUUCUGUUUCCUUCACUGCUGCUUCUGUUGGUACAGAAACCCAAUGUUCUCUCUCGGGCUUCUUCUCUUUGAUGCCUUCCAUCUUAUUCCAGGAUUUCAGAGAACGGUUCUGGAUUUCUUUUGAAUCAACUCUUAAGUGUAGAUAUUGUGGCGAUGUGCAUGGUUGUGAAUAUGGUAAGGGCUGCAGAUAUCAAGCUUGUGAAUCAGUACCGAAAUUGACGGUGUCAAUUCUGAGACUUGUUGCAGCUUGUAAAGAACUAAAUAGAAGGCUUAUAGGUUAUUAUCAAUUUAUCAGCACAAUAAGCUAAGUUUUUAUGGCUAUUGUCAAUUUGUGAUAGGUCACGCCUUGGUAUGUGAUAAAUGUAGAUUAAGCAUUUUGCCUAGUUUUUGACAUGUCGCUAAUAUUGUAUUUUAGUUGAAAAUGCAGUUCCAGCUGAAUUUGGUGA